UAGUAAAUUUUUCCAAACAAUUUUUUGUUAAUAUUUAAGAGAAGAACCAUGAGUGAGAGAAGCUGUGUCUCCCUCACGUUGUUGUCAGUUCUUUCAGCAGGUGGAGCUGACUCCGGCGCCACUCUUAUAGCAAUUAUGACCUCAAAGCGUCGGAAUAAUGGACGAUCCAAGCAUGGACGAGGCCACACCAAACCUGUUCGUUGCACUAACUGUGGUCGAUGUGUGCCUAAGGAUAAGGCCAUUAAAAAGUUUCAAAUACGUAACAUUGUAGAGGCAGCUGCAGUGAAAGAUAUUAAUGAAGCUUCAGUUUAUACUGUUUACCAGUUGCCCAAAUUGUACAUCAAGCAGCAUUACUGUGUUUCUUGUGCUAUUCACUCCAAGGUGGUGAGGAACCGCAGCCGCAAGGCCCGGAAGAUCCGCACCCCACCACCUCGUUUCCCACGUGCUCAAGAAACUGCGGCCAUACCCCGUUGAAAACACCGCAUCUCGUCUGGUCAUCGAAGUUAAGCACCGGUGGGUCUGGACACCCGCCCACGUCCCAACUAAAUGAAAGAAUUUCAGUAAAAAAAAAAAAUCUUUUAUUUAUCCUAGUCUUAGUCUAUGCAUUUUCAGCUACAAUGCUGAAAUAGGAAUUACUGGGCCUCUAUUUUAAUUGUAAAUGAACAGAUAUGCUCAUAGCUGGUUGUAAUCUUCUAAUAACCAAAUACUGUAUUAAAAGAUUAAUCAUUAUGUAUCUGGUAAACAUACUA